GCCUCAGCGCUUCCCGCCGGCUCUCCCGGGGGAAUUACCGGGACUGAGCAGCCUCCGGAGCCCUGGGCAGCCCCUGGAGCCCCGGGCAGCCCCUGGAGUCCCGGGCAGCCCCUGGAGCCCCGGGCAGCCGCCGGAGCCCCGCUCCCGGCAGUGAUUCCGAGCCGUGAUUUCACCGCUGGCUCGCUCUGGGGACUCUUUUCACCAUGACCUCUUUCGAGGAAGCCGAAACUGAGGAGACAGUGACGUGCCUCCACCUGACCUUCUACCACCCUGGCCAGGAGGAGAAGAUGAUGUUCCGCUGCCUGAAUUUCUGCAAGCGCGAGCAGCUCAGGGUGGACGACACGGCCAAGUUCGGCCGCGAUUCCAGCGUGUGCCGCUACAACCUGAUGGACACGCGCGUCUCCCGCAUCCAGUUCUCCCUGCAGUUCUACAGGAAGCUCCACACCUCGGAAUGCGGCUUUGAGAUAAAGAACUUGAGCAAGAAAACGAAGCUGACUGUCAACCAAACGGAACUGGGUCACUUGAACAAAAUCGACCUGCCCUGGAAGUGCAUCAUCUGUUUUGGGGACUACCAGAUCCUGGCAGAGAUUCAAGAAGGGGAAUCCGUGGAUUAUUUUGAGACUCACUUACAUUUGGCUAAAGCACCCAUCUUACAGGAAAGGUGCCUGCCAUGCCUGCCAUCCCUGCAGCCUAUACCUGAGAAUGGCAUUUCUCCCUCCUUAUCUCUUCCUCAAGGCAAAAGCCCCACAGAGAUUGAUGAAAAUGAGCUGUGCUAGCAGGGAGGAGGAGGCUGGAUCAGGUUUUGUAGCCUGCACAGCUUCCAGUGUGGACAGCUCUUACCUCAGUCCAGUGUUCUUGGUGCUGCUCACUGACUGCUCACAUCAGUCUUCUGUACUUGGUGUUUCCAGCACAGGCAUUCCAGAACACUGUUCCACAGAAAUGGAUUCCUGCCACUGCCUUCCCUGAGGCCUAAGGGCUCUCUGGUGCCCAGAAAGGUGUGGGAGACAGGGUGUCACUCAGAUCCAUGGCACCAGGUCCCAGAACCCUGGCUGUGUGCCUUGAAGGGGUAUUUAACAGGCAUUAAUACAGAGCAUGCACAGCAGGGUUUUGGUCCCAGACAAGGGGUGACACAAUGUCUUGUUGUAUAUUAUACUUUGUGCUUUGCUUUGUACAUCCAAUCCCAAACAGUAUUUGCAAGCCUAGGUUGUAACUUCACAGACGUUGCAACUUGGAAAUACUUUGUCCAUUUAUGUUUUUAUUAGCCUCAAAUCAAUGUUUGUUUUUUAUUUUUACUUAUUUAAUUAACAUAUAUAUCUAUUUUGCAAGUUAACUA